AUGACAAAUAGUAAUUUUAAUCAUGGUAAUCAUGGUAGUAAUUUACCAGCAAGGUUAUUUACAAAACAAUCACAGGCAUUAAUUUAUAAUUAUAAAGAAGCAGCAGUCCAAAGAAUGUUAGAUUUUGAUAAUGUUUCACAAAGGGAUACACCAUCAGUGGGUGGGUUAAUUCAUCCAGGAUCCGAUGGUGGUAUGUAUAAAGCAUUCUUUGGAUUUAAAGAGUUGGUAAUACCAGUUUAUAAUUCAGUAUCAGAAGCAUGUCAACAAUGUCCAAAUGCAGAUGUAUUUUUAAAUUUUGCAUCACAUCGUUCAGCUUACCAAUCAUCGUUAUUGGCAUUAAGAGAACCAUCGAUUCAAACCGUUGUUAUCAUUGCAGAGGGUGUACCAGAGAAUGAAGCACGUUCAUUGAUAUCAAUUGCAAAGAAAUUGGGUAAGGUUAUAAUCGGACCUGCAACUGUUGGUGGCAUUCAAGCUGGUUGUUUCAAAAUUGGUAAUACCGCAGGUACAAUCGUUUAUAUUAUGGCUUGUAAAUUGUAUAGAUCAGGUUCAGUUGGCUUCGUUUCAAAGAGUGGUGGUUUGUCCAAUGAAAUGUAUAAUGUACUCUCAAGAUGUACCGAUGGUAUCUAUGAAGGUAUCGCAAUUGGAGGUGAUGCUUUCCCUGGCUCAACACUCACAGACCAUGCCCUACGUUAUGAGAAAUUGCCAGAGGUUCAAAUGAUUGUUAUAUUGGGUGAGUUGGGUGGAUGGGACGAGUAUGGAAUUGUGGAGGCAUUGAAAAAGGGUGAAAUUACAAAACCAAUUUGUGCAUGGGUAUCUGGUACUGUUGCAAAGAUUUUCCCAACCGAAGUACAAUUUGGUCAUGCAGGUGCAAAAUCUGGUGGUGAAACUGAAUCUGCCGAUGCAAAGAAUAAAGCUUUACGUGAGGCUGGUGCAGUUGUACCAACUUCUUUUGAAGAUUUCUCAAAUGUUAUUGCCGCUACCUAUGCCAAACUUCAAUCAAAGGGUUUGGUUAAACCAGUUGAAGAACCAACACCACCUGAAUUACCAUUAGAUUUCAAGACUGCAGUUAAGGCUGGUAAAGUUAGAAAGCCAACAUCAAUUAUCUCUACAAUUUGUGAUGAUCGUGGUGAUGAACUUUCCUAUGCAGGUGUACCAAUUAGUGAAGUAUGUAAAGAGCAAUAUAAUAUGGGUGAUGUGAUUGGCUUACUUUGGUUCAAGAGAAAGUUACCACCAUACGCUUCCAAGUUCUUUGAAAUGUGUUUGAAACUAGUUGCCGAUCAUGGUCCAUGUGUUAGUGGUGCUCAUAAUACAAUCGUUGCUGCUCGUGCUGGUAAGGAUUUAGUAUCAAGUCUUGUUUCAGGUUUAUUAACAAUUGGACCACGUUUUGGUGGUGCCAUCGAUGAUAGUGCUCGUGUAUUCCAAGAUGCAGUCGAUAACAAUUUACAACCAUCACAAUUUGUUGAAGGUAUGAAAUCAAAGGGUAAAAGAAUUCCAGGUAUUGGUCAUUUAAUUAAAUCUGCCGAUGAAAUCGAUAAAAGAGUAGUAUUAUUAAAAGAUUAUGCUUUCACUCAUUUCUCAUCAACAAAAUAUUUAGAAUACGCAUUGGAAGUUGAAAAAUAUACCCUUCAAAAAGCAAAUAAUUUAAUUUUAAAUGUUGAUGGUUGUAUUGGUGUAUUAUUUUUAGAUUUAUUACAUUCAUCCGGUUUAUUCACUCAACAUGAAAUUAAAGAAAUUAUAGAUGUUGGUUAUUUAAAUGGUUUCUUUAUUGUUGGUAGAAGUGUUGGUUUAAUCGGUCACGCAUUAGAUCAACGUAGAAAUAAACAAGGACUUUAUAGACACCAAGCUGAUGAUGUUCAUUAUGCCCUUUAA